CCGUCGUAGGGUGGCUUUUCAUUACGUCAACGAUGGCACAGCUUCAUAAACGUCGACACGAGCUCGGAGGUGACGGAGACCUGACCCCUGAGGGAGCAUCCUCCCGACUAAAAGCAGCCUCACAGGGUGACAGCCUCUCGGUGUUUGCGAAGCUGUUGGCUGCGGCGUUUUACGGAGUCAGUUCGUUUCUCAUCGUUGUUGUCAACAAAAGCGUCCUCACCAACUACAGAUUUCCAUCAUCAACAUGUGUUGGAAUCGGCCAAAUGCUGGCUACAAUUGUAGUUCUAAGGACUGGGAAGAUGUCGGGUGUGAUCUCAUUUCCAGACAUGGAUAUGAGUAUACCACGCAAGAUGUUUCCUCUGCCUUUGCUCUAUGUUGGGAAUCAAAUAUCAGGGUUAUUUGGGACGCAGAGGCUCAACUUACCCAUGUUUACAGUCUUGAGGAGGUUCAGUAUUUUCCUUACCAUGGUGUUUGAAGGAUUAUUACUCAAAAAAUCCUUCUCCUUGUCGGUGAAGCUCACAGUCUUUACUAUGAUUUUUGGUGCUUUUAUUGCUGCCAGUGAUGAUUUAGCCUUUGACCUUGAAGGAUAUAUGUUCAUAAUGCUGAACAACAUUCUCACGGCAGCCAGCGGGGCCUAUGUGAAGAAGAAACUAGAUUCUAAGGAGCUGGGCAAAUACGGCCUCCUCUACUACAAUGCUUUAAUCAUGAUUUUCCCCACCUUGGCCUACGCCUACUACUCAGGAGAUUUACAAACCGCAGCGGAGUAUGGUGGAUGGUCUGAUGUGAUGUUUGUUGUGCAGUUUGUGCUCUCCUGUGUCAUGGGCUUUAUCUUAAUGUACUCCAUCAUGCUGUGCACGCAGUACAACUCUGCUCUAACUACCUCCAUCAUAGGCUGUAUUAAGAACAUCCUGGUGACGUACAUCGGCAUGGUGUUUGGAGGUGACUACAUAUUCACCUGGACCAACUUCUUAGGCCUUAACAUCAGCAUCGCUGGUAGCCUGGUGUACUCCUACAUCACCUUCACACAGGAGCAAGCAAAAAAGGAAUGAACGAUGGAGACAAGACUGGACAGGAAGAUCUGUGAACCUCCAGAAAAGAUAUAAUGUUGUUUGUGAGGAUUUUUCAUUUUAUAUUCUCUGUAUAUUGUCACACAUUUUUGCUACAAUCAUGUAAAGUAAUUUUUGAGAUGCUUUUAUAUUUUUGAUUAAGACAAAGAGCCUUUGAUUUUCUAAUUAUGUACAACUUAUUUUAUAGAAAUCAAUAAAAGGAGAAAUUUAGAACUUUUCAAAAUUA